UUCGGGGGCGGGGGGGAGUGGUUGGAGCAGGCAGUUCCUUUCUCCGGGAGCCCACGGGGGACCGGGAGGCAGAGACAAAAGCGGUAAAAUAUCACUGCACAGCUAAAGCCGCUCGGAGCCCUGCCGAUCCCUUAACUAGAUCGUUAGGAGAUUAUCCGGGCCCUAAUCAGCCACGGGCAGGCGGCCCCGGGGCUCGGCGCGUCCGCACCGUCCCGCUAACGAGCGCCCGGGGACGGCGCCGCCGGCAGCGGUCCUUCCGCCGGCGGGAGGCGAAGCGCGGAGCUGCCCGGGCGCCUCAGCGGCUGGAGACCGCGGCUGCAGCAGGAACGGAUCGUUCGGCGAAGGGACCGUGACUGGUACCGGGGAGGGGUGGAGGGGUUGCCACCGGCUCCAUCGCUCGCCCUCCGGGGGCCGGAGGGGAACCGAGGCUCGGUCCGCAGCCGCUUCCCCCUCCUCUUUCGCCCCCGGCGGAAAGUUUGUGCCCGCGCCUCCCGCGGGGGGACCUGCCCCGGGGGGCUGCAGGGCCUGGCCCCCGGGUCUCCGGGGGGCAGGGGAGGCUGGGGCUCGGAUGCCCGGUGGGGGCGGCCGGUGUAGCCGCGGCAUUAGGGGCGAGGGGCUCUGGGCAGGCAGGGUGUCGGGGAUGGAGGCAAGCAGGAAAAGGGGGGGGGGUCUCUCUAUGCCUCCACGCUGAUGGGCUCAGCUUUAUCCGGGGCUGUAAUCCCCCUGCUCCGGUAAUUAAAAACUCCGCAUUACAAGGGAAACGGUGUGCAGGGAAAUGUAAUCAAGUCUGGAGGGGCUUAACCAUCUGGUAAAGGUUAGGGCCGGCACGGCGGGGGACACAGCCGGGGGAUUUGGCAGCCGCCGCGUUCCGGGCUCCUCUUAAUCUACCGCGGGGACGAGCGCAGCAUCUGCGGGGUAAUACCGGUGCCCCGGGUGCGGGGCCACUGGCCGGUCCCGCCGCGGCUCCCAUCGCCUUUAACGGGACGUCGCCUCCUCCCUGCGGCUAAUCCUCCCCCCCUCCAAGUUCGUCUGGCUCCGGUGGGCCGGUUCUUGGGGGGCAAACCGGGCGGACUGCAGCCCCGGUAGCCCUAGGGCCCGCAGGGAAGGGGUUAAGCGGCCGCCGGUGGCCGCGGCUCGGCCCACCAAUGCGGUGCUGAAGCGCCGGGCGGGGCCCUCCCCCGCCGCCCCCGAGAGCCCGAAACUACUUGGAAGUGCAAGUGGCGACAAAACGCGAGGGAGGACGCGGCGGCGCCAGUGGAGCGGGGCUCCUCCCGCCGCAGCCGAGCGGGUCUUCCCACCGCCGCCGCCGCCGCUCCGGCAGAGCUGCGGGACCAUGGGGGCCGGGGCAGGCGCCGGGCAGGGGCCGUUCUUCCUCCCCUCCCUCCUCCUCCUCCUCCUGACCGGGAGCCCGGCCCCGCGCCUCGCCGCCGGGCAGCUGCGCUACGCAAUGCCGGAGGAGCUGGAGCACGGCGCUUUCGUGGCCAACCUCGGGGAGGAUCUGGGGCUGGACGUGUCCACACUGUCAGCGCGGAGGUUCCGCAUCGUGUCACGGGCCGGUGCCCGGCAGCACCUGGAGGUGAACCUCGAGAACGGGAUCCUCUUCGUGAAUGAGCGGAUCGAUCGGGAGGAGGUGUGCGAGGCGGGGGGGACCUGCCUGCUCCACCUACAGCUGCUCAUCGAGAGCCCGCUAGAGCUUUACCGCGUCGAGGUGGAGGUGCAGGACAUCAACGACCAUGCACCCACCUUCCCCUGGCAGGAGUAUGUGCUGGAGGUGGCCGAAUCUGCUGUACCUGGUGCCCGCUUCCCACUCGAGAGCGCCCAGGACCCUGACGUGGGCACCAACUCUGUGCGCACCUACCAGCUCAGUCCCAAUGGUUUCUUCUCCCUCGAGGUGCAGACGCGCAGUGACGCCAGCAAGUUUGCAGAGCUGGUGCUGGAGCGUGCCCUGGAUCGUGAGCAGCAGCGCACACACCGGUUGCUGCUCACUGCCCUCGAUGGUGGUGUCCCUGAGCGCUCAGGCACAGCCCACAUCCUUGUCACGGUGCUGGAUGCCAACGACAAUGUGCCUGCCUUUGACCAGCCUUCAUACGGAGUGAGUCUGCCUGAGGAUGCCCCUGCUGGCACCCUGGUCAUCCAGCUCAAUGCCACUGACUUGGAUGAGGGUUCCAAUGGGGAGAUUGAGUACUCAUUCAGUGGGCAUGCACCACCGCGUGUCCGUGAUCUCUUCCGUGUGGAGCCCCGCAGUGGUCAAGUGUUGCUGAAGGGCCCUUUGGACUAUGAGCGUGCCAGCCUCCAUGAGCUCUAUGUGCAAGCCAAGGAUCGUGGGCCCUCGGCUGUUGCUGUGCACUGCCGGGUCCUCGUGCACCUCCUCGAUGUGAAUGACAAUGCACCAGAGGUGACCCUCACCUCUGUGUCCACACCCGUGCUGGAGGAUGCCCCACCAGGCACUGUCAUUGCUGUCAUCAGUGUCCUUGACCGUGACUCUGGGGAGAAUGGGCGUGUGAGCUGCGAGGUCAGCCCUGAUGUGCCCUUUGAGCUCCGCUCCUCCUUCCGCAACUACUACACUCUGGUCACCACAGAGGCACUGGACCGAGAGGCUGUGCCCGAGUACAAUGUGAGCAUCACAGCACGGGACAUGGGCUCACCUGCCUUGCUGACUCGCAGCACCCUCACUGUCCCUGUGUCGGACGUGAAUGACAAUGCACCACGCUUCCUCCAGCCCUCUUACAGCGUCUACGUGAUGGAGAACAAUGCGCCGGGAGCCUCCAUCUGCUCUGUCAGUGCAUCGGACCCUGACUGCCAGCAGAAUGCCUACCUGUCCUACUCCAUUGCUGACGGGCACAUCCAUGGCAUGCCUGUGAGCACCUAUGUGUCUAUCAACUCAGACAGCGGGCACAUGUAUGCCCUGCGCUCCCUUGAUUAUGAGCAGAUCCGCAGCUUUCAGAUCCAGGUGCAAGCACAGGAUGCAGGUUUCCCCCCACUCAGUGCCAACGUCACUGUUCACGUCUUUGUGCUGGAUCAAAACGACAACGCACCUGUCAUCAUCUCACCCAUGCCACGCAAUGGCUCGGUGGCCACUGAGCUGGUGCCGAGAUCAGCUGGGCCUGGCUACCUGGUGGGUACAGUGUCAGCGGUGGAUGCAGAUGUGGGGCUGAACUCCCGCCUCUCCUACCAGCUCCUCCAGGCCACUGACUUCACCCUUUUCAGCGUGGCACCAGACACAGGUGAGCUGCGCACCCUCCGCUCCUUUCUGGAGCAGGAUGCAAUCCGGCAGAGAUUGGUGGUGCAGGUGCGAGACGGUGGACAGCCAGCCCUCUCAGCCACUGUGUCCAUCCUGCUCUCAGUGGUAGAGAACAUGCCCCAGACCCUCUCCGACUUCAGCGAGUUCAGCCUCCCCCCUGAGGCCUCCUCCUCCUCCCCACUCACCCUCUACCUCCUCAUCUCCCUGGGCUCAGUCUCCCUCACCUUCCUCCUUGCCAUCCUCAUCCUCACGGCCAUCCGAUGCCGUGGGGAGCGGCACUCCUGGCGAGGCCGUGGCUGCUCGCCACCCCACUGCCGCUGCUGCCCCAGGCCUGGCACCUCCUCCGACGGCCUCAAGACGUCGAACCUCACCGCACAGCUCCCCACGGGUACAGCGCCCACCGCCUGCCUGGAUGUGCCUGGUGGUGGCCCCCCAGGCUACUGCUACAAGGUUUGCCUCAGCCCAGAGUCCGCCCAAAGCGACUUCAUGUUCCUCAAGCCCUGCAGCCCACCCCGGAACAACGAGAAGGAUCCUGGGAACCUCCCGGCUCCAGGGAAGCGGGCCCGACCCAGCCAGCAGCUCCAGGUCUCCAAGCAGAUCAAACAGCCGAACACAGACUGGCUGCCUCCAAGCAUGCAGCGACCUGCUCUGAAGAGCUCCCAGAGCCUGGAAAACAUGGGGGAAAUCCGCAGAGCCCUCCAGAAGGAGCAUGAGAGGCUGUGCACGCUGAUGACCCCCAUCUCUGGUGGUUUCACACCCAUCUUUCCUCCAGAAUUUCAGAAAGCCUCAGCAGGCACCAACAGCAACUGGACACCCCGGUAUGGCCCCCUGUUCCCAGGGCACAUACCAGCCCAGGAUUAUCAACACAAUGUCUACAUACCUGGCACCCCUACUCUGCUUUCCAGCAAAGAUGGGCAUCUCUUCCUGGGCCAGGAGGACAAGAACAGCUUUUCUACCUUUGGCAAGAGGAAAAAGAUGACAACCUACUGUGACAUGCAUGACAAUGUGGUUAUCAACAAUGACCUGAAAUAGUGUCAGGGGUUGGGUCCGGAUGGCUCUGUCCAAGGUCCUGGGGGUUGCUUACAUUCUUUCAGCUGCAAAGUCCGUCCAGAGCAUAUAAAUCCAUGUAUGAACCACUCAGGAUCCCACAGGGCUGCCAAGACUGUGGUUCACCAGGGUGCACAGAAAGGUUUCAGGAGCAAGAAACUGGGGACAGGGUUGGGGAGGGAGGGCUCUCCCAUCUCAUUCUGCAGGGCUGUGUUGGCAGUGUGCAGUGUUGGGGGUCCAUUGACCUGUUAAGCAAAUCUGCCUUGAGUUUACCCAUCGCCAUGUCCCUUUAGGGACAGUCCUUCUCUGUAAACAUUAUCACCUCUUUGUCUUGUCCAGCUGUGUGAACGUACUGAGCUGCACGCAUGUAUUUCUGCCCCAGAAGGCGUGGGAAGGGGCUCUCCACACAAAGGAAACAGACUAAGCCUGAUCCAGUCCAGCCUGGCCCUACACAUGUACCUUGCUCUGACCCUGAGACCCAGCGGGAUGCACUGCAUGCUGGGAGCAGCCACUGGUGCCUGGUUUCUCCAGGAAGUGCGUGCAAAGCCCAGCCAUCGUGGGUGCUUCCCUUCUGACUGUGACCCAACUCUUGUAGGGCUGGAGAUCUGGAGUGCAGGACACAACCAGGGUCCAGGUCACCUCCAGUCUCUGCUCUCUGAGCAGUAUGGGAUAGAGCACAAACAGACUUGACUGCCAGCAGAACUUUUAGUUUAAGCAGCUUAGAGAUGCAUGGCAAAAGGCCCUCCUGGGUUACUCUUUACCCCAAGGUGACAUCAUCUGAAAGUUUCCAGACAUCAGAAGCACCCCAAAAUGGGUGACAUUCCCCUUCCCCGCUCCUCCCACCCUCACCAGGAUCUCUGCUUUCUCUGAUCCCUGAGCCCCUGGGGGGAACUGCUGCCCUGGGGUCUCCACACAUUUCCCUACAUGCAUAGGGCAGACAUCUUCCUCUGGGCCCUGCUUCCCUUUAAGAGCUUUUGCCAUGCUGUUAGGGGCCCUAAAUGGCAGAACUUCAUCCUCAAAAGAGUAUCUUCCCCUGCUCCUCUCACCCCCACCUUGGGGAGCAGAGGUAGCUGAAGAACCCUACCGAAAGGGGUGAGACAUAUUGUAAGCCCACUAAGUUUAUUCUCAGGCAUCUUGUCCAUCAGUUCUGCCCCUGUCCAGGUCAAGGGCAGAUGGAGGGAGAGGAGGAAAUGGCAGGAACCUCAUGGUGUGUCUGUCCACCCAGUCUGUCUGCCAGCAUUGCCAAUUGCUGGCAUGUCAUUGGGUAGCUCAUUUCUGACCCAUCUGUGCAGAGCAUGAUGGCUCUUUCUCAACCAAGUUUGUUUCACAAUGUCUGAUUUGUACCAAUAAAAAUGUAUUUUAAUAGCUCA